CUUCUGCGCUCAGACGUUGCUUUUCCAUUAGUAGUUUCGUCUUCCGCAAUGUCGAAUCCAUACUGACUGGAAAGGAGAAAUGAGAAGGAGGCGUUGACUUCCCUAAACAGGGGCGGGCUGGAUGCUCCACCGGGCCCCGCCCGGUAACCCAGACCCUGGAAAGGGCCCUGGAAGGUGGACCUCCCGUCUUGGAAUUUGCCGCCCUAUUCCCUAGUCCACAGGUCUAAUGGCGGAGGCCACGCUGAUGAAUCUGGCGCAGCUUGGGCAGGUGAACUUUGAAGACGUGUUCGUGUACUUUUCCCAGGAGGAGUGGGAACUUCUUGAGGAGACUCAGAGGCUCCUCUACCAUGAUGUGAUGCUGGAGAACUGUGUACUUAUGGCCUCGCUGGGUUGUUGGCAUGGAGUAGAGAAUGGGGAUAUGUCUUCUCCAAAGAGAAUUUCUGUAGGAGUGCCUGAGAAUAGGACUCCCAUGGGAAACUGUUCUACCCAGAAUGCCACCCCCUGUGAGACACAUGGCCCAGUCUUGAAGGAAAUUUUGCACUUGGCUGAGCAUCAGGAAACUUACCCUGGGCAGAAACUUUAUACAUGUGUGGCUCAUGGGAAGCAAUUCCAGCUCAAUACAAACCUUUAUCAACCCCAAAAGCAGCACAGAAAAAAGAAAACCUCUGGAAAGGAUGAGAAGACAUCUGUUGUGACUUACUGUCCUGUCCAACCCUCCAGGACUUCUUUUAUGUCAGGGGAGAGUCAUAAGGACUUCCCCAGCAGCUCAAGCAUUUUCCAGCACCCUUCUCCUCCCAGUGAGUGGGAUCCACAUCGUAGCACCGAGCAUGAGGAGGCCUUUCAGAAUGGACAAAAGCAUCACAUGUGUAAUGAGUGUGGAAAGGCCUUCAGCCGAAAAGACUCACUUGUUCAGCACCAUAGACUCCAUACUGGAGAAAUGCCCUACGAGUGUGACAUAUGUGGGAAGGUUUUUAAUCAUAGCUCUGCUCUUACUGUACAUCAGAGAGUGCAUACUGGAGCAAGGCCUUACAAAUGCAACGAAUGUGGGAAAGCCUACAGCCAUAGAGCCACACUCGUUCAGCAUGAGAGUGUGCACACUGGAGAAAGGCCUUAUCAGUGCAGCGAAUGUGGGAAAUCCUUUAGCCGAAAACCUAUACUUAUUCAACACCAGAGAAUCCAUACUGGAGAAAUGCCCUAUGAGUGUGACAUAUGUGGGAAGGUUUUUAAUCAUAACUCUAAUCUUAUUGUACAUCAGAGAGUGCAUACUGGAGCAAGGCCUUACAAAUGCAACGAAUGUGGGAAAGCCUACAGCCAUAAAGCCACACUUGUUCAGCAUGAGCGUGUGCAUACUGGAGAAAGGCCUUAUCAGUGCAGCAAAUGUGGGAAAUACUUUAGUAACAAAUACAGGCUCAUUAAACAUUGGAGUGUUCACACUGGAGCAAAGUCUUAUGAGCGCAUUGCAUGUGGGAGGUUCUUUAGCCAAAGCUCUGAUCUUGUUGCACACCAGAGGGUACACAAUGGUGAAAAGUCAUAUAUGUGCAGUGAAUGUGGAAAAGCCUUUAGCCGCAAGCAUGUACUUGUUCAGCACCAUAGGAUUCACACUGGAGAAAGGCCAUAUAAGUGCAGUGAAUGUGGGAAAACCUUCAGGCAAAGGCCUUCUCUCACCAGGCACUGGAAAGUUCACACUCGAGAAAGCUCCUAAAUAGGGAUUAUGCUAUUUCCUUGCUUAACAUAAUGAGUAAUGUCAUAUGAAAGCUCAGAGUAGUUUUUGUGUAUAGCCAAAAGCCAAAUGCUGGAUUUCAUAUGUUGGAAUAUCUACCCUGGGGAAAUUCUUAUUGUUAUCUAUGUAGAAAGCUUUCUGGAACUAUAUCACAUUUUCUUUUUAAAAAAAUAUUUUAUUUUUACUUUAUGUGUAUGUGUGUAUCGCCUGCAUGUAGGUAAGUGCACCCGUAUCAUGCAAUGCCUGCGGAGGACAGAAGAGGCUGUCGGA